AUGGCCGACAAAGAAUUCACCUACUCCGACGUCUCGGAGCACAACACCAAGAAGGACCUAUACAUUGUUGUCCACGACAAGGUCUACAACGCAUCAAGCUUUGUAGAUGAGCACCCAGGUGGUGAAGAGGUUCUGCUCGACGUCGGAGGCCAGGACUCCACAGAGGCUUUCGAGGAUGUCGGUCACUCAGACGAAGCCCGCGAGAUCCUCGACGGUCUGCUUGUCGGAAACCUAAAGCGUCAGGAGGGUGACCCAAAGCCCAAGAGCUACGCAGCACCCGGAUCGACCGCUACUACUACCGACGGCGCUUCGACCGGCGUUGGCCUUUACGCUAUCAUCCUUCUUGGUGGUGCCCUUGCAUUCGCUGCCUACACCAUGAUGAACAAGCAGUCUUCUGAGUAA